AUGGCCUUCAAGUCUACAUCGGAACCAGACGAGGGCCCUCGGAAACAUAGCGCGGUUUCGACAUGGUCUCCCGGAUUUCGAUCGCUUCCUGUGUCUCGUCGGACCAGUGAGCAGGGAGAGGCAGAAGACUCUCAUAUAUCAUCAGCAUCCUUGCGAGAGCUGCACUCCAACCGUGCAUCACCGGUACCUUAUGACCAUGGACCUCUACACACUCCGCGCCAGUUCAGCCCCAAGGCGUCUAUUGUGCUCAUUGGAAUCCGUGGAACUGGGAAAUCUAGCUUAGCAGUGAUCUUGGCCGCAGCGACUGGUCGGCGGCUCAUCGAUGCUGACCGAUACUUCCACCAAAUGACCGGCUGCUCUCGUGCUGCAUUCAAGAAAGACAAUGACCACGCCGUGUACCGACAACAGGAAGCGCGGAUAUUUGACUCCAUGUUAUCUGACCACCAGGAAGAUUGCGUGAUUGCAUGUGGAGCUGGGUCCAUGGAACGCAGUGGCCAGCAACUCCUCCGAAAAUUUGCGCAAACGCAUCCGGUUAUCCACGUUAUCCGCGACCCCGAGAGCAUUCAAUCGUACCUCAAAGCCUGGGAUACGCAAAAAGUGCGCCACUUUUUAGAGUUGUCUGGACCUAUCUAUCGAAGCUGCUCGAACCUUGAGUUCUUCAAUCUCUCUGAGACCGCUGACCGCGAAGCCAUUUCCAAGGAUGGCCACGAGCCUUCGCCCGGGCCCAGGGACCAGAGAUCUCAAACGCCCACGCCAUUUUUGACAUUGAAGCGUGUUCAGCGAGAUUUUCUAAGAUUCAUUGCUUUUGUCAUUGGUGAUAGCACCGAGCUCAGCCGUCAACAUGCCUCAUUCCCAUUAUCGUUGCUGCCUGUGGAAAUGGGGCGAUUCACGUCAGCCAUUUCGGUCCCAUUCUCUGUGCUUUGUGAGAAAGACUUGGAUAUUGAAGAGCUCGAAUUCAUUGUUGAUGCAUUCGAGCUGACGAUUGACGUGGCCAGUCCUUCAGAUUUGGGUGCUGACUCGAAUCUGGCAGACCGCAUCAGUCAGGUAGUGUCUACGCUUCGGCGCAACAUCAUUGUGCCUCUGAUGUACCACGUUGAAAGCUACAUUACACCUCGAGGAUCUCGCUCGCCUGCUCCGGCAUCGCGGACUACAGAUGAAUCCUACUUGAAUUUGCUCCGACACGGAUUGCGACUUGCCCCCAGUUUCCUCACGGUGGAUUUGACCCGUGAUGACAAUAUCAUCUCUCAAGUUGUCAGCGUCAGAGGCACGACUAAAAUUAUUGGACACUUUGAAACCUUCCAUCCCAUCGCUGGCGGCUGGGACGGAGACGAGUACAUGAAGCUGUACGAGCGUGCGAAGAAACUCGGAUGCAACGUGGUGCGCUUCUGCCAGCCGGCGGAGACACUAGAAGAUAAUGCGGCAGUGCAACGAUUCCGACACCGCAUUGAAAGUCUCCCAGCUCCUCGAUUACCUCUAAUUGCCUAUAACACAGGACCUCUGGGACGUAUGUCCCGCUGUCUCAACCCUAUCUUGAGCCCCGUCACACAUCCCUCCCUCAUCACCGAAAGCCCCACCCAAUUAGUUCCUACCAUCACGGCUCGCGAUGCCCAAAAAGCCCUCUACAGUACCUUUGUUCUGGACCCGAUGCAGUUCUUUGUCUUUGGUGCCAAUGUCACCUACAGUAUGUCGCCCGCUAUGCACAACACCGCUUUCAAACUUUGUGGUAUGCCCCAUCAAUACUCUCUAUUUCAAUCACCUACCCUCCGUGGCCUGAAUGAGCUAGUCGAAAAUCAGUUCUUUGGCGGGUCCAGUGUCAGUCUGCCCUACAAGACUGAAGUCAUCCCUCUUCUCCACUCGAUGUCUCGGCACGCCCGGGCGAUUGGUGCCGUCAACACUCUGAUACCCAUCAGAAGCGAUGAGGACUCCAAUGAUCCCCGGCUCUCCCAAGAAUCAUCAGUCUUCAUUCAGAAGUGCCGCGCUGGCCCGAUCAAGGGCAUCCACGGCGACAACACUGAUUGGAUUGGAAUCUGCAAUUGUAUCCGCCGAGGUCUAUCACCCGCAAAUGCAGUCCGUCCUACAACCACCGGCCUUGUCAUCGGAUCUGGUGGUAUGGCUCGGGCCGCCAUCUACUCCAUGAUUCACUUGGGCGUACAAAACAUCUUUGUCUACAAUCGAACUCUUGCAAAUGCAGAGAAGCUGGCCCAGCACUACAACCGACAAGAUCUCUUCACCGGCGGACGAGCGGCCGCCGAUGGUCGCCCGAGAGUCAGUACCCUGAGCUCGUUGGAUGAGCCUUGGCCGGCCGACUAUAAACAACCAACCGUUAUCGUAUCGGGCAUCCCAGCCCAUAGUAUUGGCGGAGCCCCAGCACCUAAUUUUAGCGUGCCCACACAGUGGCUGGAAAGCCCAACGGGAGGCGUAGUGGUCGAUAUGUUCUUCCUGAGCAAGGCUUCGCUCAAUUUGAACUUUUCACCCGGCCGCCGCGCUCCUCGCCGACUCAUGCGAAAAAUCGUUCUCCAGGAAUACGAGGAUGACGAGGGUCACGAUAGCCGUGCAAUCCGCGACCGGCUGAAGCACCUGGACGGCCAGCCCACCUAA